AUGGAGGGAUGGAGGGGAGAUAGAGAGGAGGGAGGGAGUGAGAGGGAGGGAGGGAGACAGAAAAAGAGAGGGAGAGAGGGAGAGCGGGAGAGUAUGUGUGUGUGUGUGUGUGUGUGUGUGUGUGUGUGUGUGUGUGUGUGUGUGUGUUUGCGUGCGUGCGUGUGUAGCUGUACAGCUAACAUCUGCUGGGUGGAUCCCCCCUGCUUUCAGCAGAGUGUAAUGGAAUCUGCUGUCUCCAGACUUGCUGCUGCUGCUUUUAUAAUGGAAGGCUUAGUGCUCUGAGGAAUGCCUCUCUUUCUUAGCUCUUUUUUUUCUUUCUUGGUCUCAGUUUUUUUUCUCUUUCUCCCUCUUUUACUGUCUUUCUACCUCUGUCUUUUUCAUUCUCCCCAUCUUUCCCCCUUUCCCUCCUCCCCUCUCUUUCUCUCCUCCCUUCCCCUCUCUUUCUCUCUUUUUCUGACAACAAUUCUCAUCGGAGGAGAUCUCUCUCUGUAUGUGCACACCGUCCUGUCAGUGCUCUGCUCUCUCUGCCCACGUUCACCCAGGGCUCCUUCUGCUGUUAUCUACAGCUUUAGCUGGUCUAUAUCCUAUUAAAGUAGAUAACACAGACUGUUGUGAAGAUAAACUCAGUUCAAAUAUUAGGAGUUGAGUGUCCAUGUCGUUGGAUGAGCAUUUGAUGAGUCACUGAAGAGGGAAUUGGGGCAAAUCCCAAAUGGCAGCCUAUUCUCCACAUAUAGUGCACCAAAAGUAUUGCUCUAAAUCAAAAUGUCCCUUAGUCAUGUGUCGAUAUCGGUGGGAGACAGUGACAUUUUGAAUUAAGUGGUCGUUUUUUGGUAGGAUUCUUCCCUUCCUUAGUCUGUAUGAGUAGCACCUACUGCAUAAAUGCCCUAUAGUGUGUUCUCUAGCCCUAUUCUCCCUGUAGGCAGCUGCUGUUGUGUUGGUACGAUAUGUACUCUCCAGAGCUGAUGUGAGAGGAGAGUGAUGUCACAGGGACAGAGAGCUUAGUUAACAGGGUGACCUGCUAUAUGAGUCACACCUAGCUGGCAUGAGCUGCUCACACAUAGAUUCUACACUCACAACAGCAUUCUUCCAUGAGAAAUUCCAUCAUUUGGUGUUUUGUUGAUGGUGGUAGAAAAUGCUGUCUCAGGCGCCGCUCCAGGUUUCCCAUAAGUGUUCAACUGGGUUGAGAUCUGGUGACUGAGAUGACUAUGGGAUAUGGUUUACAUCGUUUUCAUGCUCAUCAAACCAUUUAGUGACCACUCGUGCCCUGUGAAUGGGGGCAUUGUCAUCCUAUGAGGGCAUAGCCAUGGUAGUCAAAAUAAUGGCCUGCCCAGCAUUUAUUUUCAUGACCCUAAGCAUGAUGGGAUGUUAAUUGCUUAAUUAACUCAGGAACCACACCUGUGUGGAAGCAGCUGCUUUCAAUAUACUUUGUAUCCCUCAUUUACCGGUACUCAAGUGUUUUCAUUAUUUUGGCAGUUACCUGUAGCUAGCAUAUUGUAACGGGCUAAUGUGAUGCUCCAUUAGGCGUUACAGGAUAGGUACUGUUUGGUGUAGCAUAGAGAAUUUUCGAAACUAUCUUUGUUCUCGGCCAAACAUAUAUAUUUUAAAAUGUCAGUGUCCAGUUGUAGGUGGUUCGUUAGAAUUUUGAAAAUGUUUUGCUCCAUGAAGUAAUUCAACAAUGUGUAUGCCGCCAUCUUGUCUAUUUCAAAUCUUCUCUCAUUGAUUGAGACAGGUGAGUCUACCCUAAAGUGCAGCAUGUCAUGAUGACACUCAGCUGUCUCAAUCAAUGAGAGAAUAUUUGAAAUAGACAAGAUGUCGGCGUACAGAUUGUUGGAUUACUUCAUGAAGCAAAACAUGUAUUUAUUUUAAUAUCACAGUAUUUUCUCAAUUCAAAUGAACCACCUCCAACUUAAGAAGAUACAUGUUUGGCCGAACGAAGAUAGUAUCGGCAAGUUAAGGUUGGUUGAAAAUUCUCUGUGCUACGCCAAACAGUACCUAUCCUGUCACGGCUAAUGGAGUAUCACAUUAGCCCGCUAGCUAACUCACACCUAUAACGUUAACGCUAGCUGACACACACUGACACACAGUUCAUACUGCUGCCAUGCCGAAGUUGUGUCACGCAGGCCUCAAGGCCUGCCCAGAGAUGUGUACCAGUCCACACCGUUAGUACAUUGUCAGAGCACACUGUACACACGCAUGCAUGUGUACACACACACACACACACACACACACACACACAUACACAUAGUUGAAAAUAUAGAGAGUGAACAAAUGUGAACGAUGGCCCAGCGUGAAGACUCAAUCACAAUUUAUGGCAAUCUUUGAAUGACAGACCAUCUGUGGGCUAUCAUAGGGGUCAAACACCUUAUCUGUGGCAAUCUCAAUGAAGAGACAUUCCUACAGAAGUCCUAGGGUCACUGAAGCCAGGAGAGGUGAAGUGAACUUGAAUCGACAAAAUUAAUGUUACUGUGUGAAUUAAAUUGUCAUGUUUGGAUUGUUUCAAGAGUUAAUAAAGAGCUAUGAAUUUUGAUAUGUUUUAUUUGUACUGUAAGUGCUAUGGAUUUAUUGUUACAGAGAAACUGUGUUACUCUGUACGCUUGACGGUGGAUAGUUCAGAGAGGAGAGACACAGAUGUGUGCACUUAUCAUACAUUGUUGAGGUGUGGUGAUUAGAUUAGUGAAUGUGUGAAGUGUUAUGCCUUUUGUUUUAAUGUUUUGGACCAUGCAAAGUGAUGUUAAUUAGACGAUAGGAGAUACUGGGAGUUGGCACUCUUGGAAGAAUAAAAUAUGGGUUUAAAUUUAGAUAAUGUAGUCAUUGGUAAACCGAUCUCCUGAUGUACGUUUGUAUGUCAUAGUGAUUAAUUUUCUAUGCUGAUAAGACAUAUAUUUAGUAUAAUUUUUAUCGCGAAGAUUUCUGGUGUGUAUCAUUUGUUCAUUGUAUUGUUAUUGUGUAACUACAAUAAUUCUGCUUACUUUUAAAUGGAUACGAACCAUAGUCCUCACAUUUCUGAGUAAUAUUCCUUGAGUUAUUGUUUGGUGAAAUAUCUAAUGGUAAAUGUUAUUCACAAUAUACAUAGCAUAUAUGCUUGGUCUCUAACUAUGCAUUUCUGAGCCAAGGUUAACGCAAUCAUUAAAUGGUAGGACAUUGAUUGCAAGAUAUUAGCUCCUUGUCCCUUAGCCUCUUAAUAAUUGCAUAACGGUAAACCUAGACACGUGCAUCUUAUAUUAUUCAGAGUGGUGAAGCAAGGCUUGCAACCUUGGCUAUACCCACUGGAUACGAUUAUGGGCCUAUAGAAUUCACAUGAAAAUAGAGUCAGAUUGAUGAAUGUAGUUUAUUAUUAUAUUCAACAUAAUGUUUGGAUAAUUUCCACCACCCUACACACACACACACACACACACACACACACACACACACACACACACAUUUAAGCCUUCUCUCAUCUUCUUUCCAGAUGCUCUCAUUAGAGAGGAUAUAUUGUAAAUUGGUAUUACUGUCGACAUGUGUAAUCUGUUCAUGCCUGUUCUCUCUUGGCGAGGGAGGGGGUGGUUGAUCACUGGUUUCUUUGCCUCCUCAGCGGAACGCAACGCUGUUUAGCCGGGGCUGUGUUGUGUUGUUGUGACUGAAGAAGCGUGACUGGCCAUCUGCUAGCUGUGAUUCAAACGCCACGCUAUAGUCAAAGAUGGACACAGGCUGUGCUUUGAGAGGAAUCUCUUUCCGAUGGUGGAUGGGUGUGUGUGUUUGUGUCACGCCCUGGCUCUGGGGACUCUUGUAUGUUGAGCAAGGGUGUUAGUUUCUUUGUGUAGUGUCUGUUUCGUUUCCUAUGUUCUGUUCUAGGUUAUGUGUUUCUAUGUUGGCCGGGGUGGUUCUCAAUCAGAGGCAACGAGAAUCAGCUGUUGCUUGUUGUCUCUGCUUGGGAACCAUACUUAGGCAGCCUGUUGUGCACUUGUCUUUUGUGGGAUCUUGUUCCGUGUAGGUUUGUGUUAUUGACCGAGGACUUCACAUAUCGUUUUGUAUUUGUGUAAGUACCUAUUAAAGUAUGUACUCAUAUCACGCUGCGCCUUGGUCCACUUAUUAUGACGAUCGUGACAGAAGAUCCCACCAAUACAGGACCAAGCAGCGUGUCCAGGAGCAAACGGCGGAGGUAACGUUAGUGGAUGUCCUCCUCGGUUGGGGGCAGAUCACGGAGAAGGAGGCCGUCCGUUACCGGAGGGCGAUGAAGGGGGAGACCCAGGCAGGAGAGGAGAAGCAGCGCCAACCGGGCCGUCGUCGGACAGGCGAGAGGCACCCCCAAUACAUUUUUUGGGAGGGGCACACGGCAUGGACGACGGGGCUGCUGGAGGCAGAUAAAGUGCGAGAUUGUGGACGAGGAGAGAAGGCCACCAGGUUACGGGGGCCAUUGGUCAGUAGAGGGAAGGAGAGUGUAGAGGCACGGCGAGAGGUACUGAGGUGUGUUACCAGUCCGGUCCGGCCCGUUCCUGAUCCCCACACAAGACCAGUGGUGUGUGUUCCCAGUACGGUCCGGCCUGUUCCUGUCCCUCGCACCAAGCCUGUGAUGCGCGUCGCCAGCCCGGCCCGGCCUGUUCCUGCCCCUCGCACCAAGGCUGUGGUGCGCGUCGCUAGCCCGGCCAGGCCUGUUCCUGCCCCUCGCACCAAGCCUGUGGUGCGCGUCGCCAGCCCGGCCCGGCCUGUUCCUGCUCCCCGCACCAAGCCAAUGGUGCGCUUCGUCAGCCCGGUCCGGCCCAUUCCUGCUCCCCGCACCAAGCCAAUGGUGCGCGUCGUCAGCCCGGUCCGGCCUGUUCCGGCUCCCCGCACCAAGCCAGUGGUGCGCUUCGUCAGCCCGGUCCGGCCCGUCCCUGCUCCCCGCACCAAGCUAAUGGUGCGCGUCGUCAGCUGCUUCACCGGUGCCUGGUCAGGUGCCGGUCAGCUGCUCCACACCGGAGCCUAAGCAAUCCGCUCCACCGAUGUCCAGUCCAGCUCCAGCCAGCGGCGCUACAGGGGGGUUGUUAGAGGGUGGUGGUCACGCCCGGAGCCGGAUCCGCCUCCGAGGUGGAAUGCACACCCGGCCCCUCCCCUGUUGGGUUUAUGUUGGCGCGGUCGCAGUUCGCGCCUUUGGGGGGGGGGGGGGGGGGGGGGGGGUACUGUCACGCCCUGGCUCUGGGGACUCUUGUAUGUUGAGCCAGGGUGUUAGUUUCUUUGUGUAGUGUCUAUGUUUCGUUUCCUAUGUUCUGUUCUAGGUUAUGUGUUUCUAUGUUGGCCGGGGUGGUUCUCAAUCAGAGGCAACGAUAAUCAGCUGUUGCUUGUUGUCUCUGAUUGGGAACCAUACUUAGGCAGCCUGUUGUGCACUUGUCUUUUGUGGGAUCUUGUUCCGUGUAGGUUUGUGUUAUUGACCGAGGACUUCACGUAUCGGUUUGUUGUUUUGUAUUUGUGUAAGUACCUAUUAAAGUAUGUACUCACAUCACGCUGCGCCUUGGUCCACUUAUUAUGACGAUCGUGACAGUUUGUGUGUGCGCGUGCGUGUUUGCUUGCGCAUGUUUGUGUUUAUUUCUGAUGAAGCCUCCACUCAGUGAUACGAUACAAUAAGGGUUUUGUCAAGUAUAAUUUCUGACAAAGUACAGUAGCCAGUGUAUGGUUUACAUCAGUGUAUGGUUUACAUCAGUGUCUGGUCGGUGUACAGUUGUUAGUGUUUAGUUUCUGCCAGUGUAUAGUUUUAGAAAAAGGGCAACACUAGCAGAAUGGCUAUUUCACUUGUAGAAUGGUUACAGUAUAUUGAUGCCUCUACUCUCUCGCUCUCUCUUCUCCCUCCCUGCCUCGCUCCCCCCUCUCUCCCCUCUCCAGAUGUACAUCCAGACCACCACCCUGACCAUCUCCCUCAGUCUCAGCGCCUCUGUCUCUCUGGGGAUGCUGUACAUGCCCAAGGUCUACGUCAUCAUCUUCCACCCGGAGCAGAACAUCCCCAAGCGUAAACGCAGCUUCAAGGCCAUCGUCACCGCCGCCACCAUGUCAGGCAAGCUGCAGAAGGGAGGCGACCGGCCCAACGGAGAGGUCAAGACGGAGCUGUGUGAGAGCAUGGAGACCAACAGUGAGUAA